AGAUUGGCAGUCAGAAAUUCCACAAAUACAGCCAAGAGAAGACGCUGAAGUGGUUAAAGAAAAAGGUCAAUCAAACAGUGAAAGCACUUAAAAGCAACAAUAUAACUGUAGGUGAAAGGGUAUAUGCAGCUACAUUUAUCAGUGGUAAACAGAUCACAGAUACUAAAGAAGACUAUGUACGGUAUGCCCAUGGGUUAAUAUCAGAAUAUAUUCCUGAAGAUCUGAGUAAAGAGUUGUUAAAAUACUUAGGACUCCCAGAACUUAAAAGCUCGUCACCAGAACCACCAUCGAAGAAAAGGAAAUUAUCAGAUGUCCCUGUGGAAGCAGAAGAAGACUAUACCAAAUUUAACAGCAGCAGUCAGAAAACCAAAAAGGCAAACAGCAAGAUGUCUGCAGCACAGAAGGCUCUGGCCAAAGUUGAUAAGAGUGGAAUGAAAUCCAUUUCUACUUUCUUCAGCUCCAAACCUAAAACAUCAAAAUAAAGACUUGUUCUUGAAAGAGUUUCAUACAGUGGUUAUUUUUAUGUUAAACUAAAGAUGUCUCCUGGGGUUUUUUGUUAGUGUAAUAUACGCAGGGCAUGUCUGUGUACAUGGUGGAGUGUGGUGAAGAGAUCUGUGAGCUCGUGUGGGACAGAGCUGUUAGGCCUUAGUGGGGGCAAGGCUGUACCAUGCAGGUGUUCCAGCGUGGGUCAGGAAGACAGCCUAGCUGCAUUAGCAUGGUCCUGUGAGCUGAGAAGCAAGGUUUAGCAUGGUACCAUCCUGUACUGCUGCUUGUUCU